AUGGCCACACCUCGAAGCGGUCAGAUUGAACCAAAGACGGCGGUGACGGUUUAUACCGUCCCAUUCCGGACAAAUCCGUUCUUCAUUCCUCGUCCGGGUAUAUCUGCGCAGAUUCAUGGUGCAGUAUCUCAAACAGGCUGCGUCGUCCUGUAUGGGCCGAGCGGCAUGGGGAAAUCGCAGAUUGUGGUCGAGUACGCCCACCAGUUUCGACAUCGUUUUGUCCAGGCAAACGUGCUCUGGAUACAUGCGAAUAAUCCGAAUCAGAUAUGCCGGACCUACGAGCUCAUUGCACACAAGCUCAAAAUGCCCCCGUUUAGAGCCUCCCGUAUGAGUGUCUCGCAAGUAUUAGACAGCUGGUAUAGCCGUGACGGUACAGCCUCAAACGGAGAGCCGUGGCUUAUGAUCUGGGAUGACAUGAGUGAACCGGAGGCUGCUGAAGAAGACCUGCCAAGUGAGGCUGACCCGACGAGAAGGUUGGCGCAAGAGUUGGAAACCCUUCAGAAGCUCGUCGCUACCAUACGCAGCCGACACGGCGUGCUAAUGGUCACGACCCAGAGUCAGAGUGCCGUGGCUGCUUUUUCAAAAAAUAUUCCGGUAGUGGAAGUAUGUUCCUUUCAACGAGAUGAGUCCUUGAGACUUGUUCGCCACCGACGACCAGAUGUUUUGGACGGUCCACGGUCGGCAGGACUCAUUGAUUCACUACUGAGUUCUCUCGAGGAUGUCCCACUCGCCAUCACUCAUACGAUAGGAGCUUUUCAAAAGCUCAGUGGACAGCAGGUGAGUGAUUUAGCCUAUAUCAUCUUACAGGAGGAGGUCUGCGAUAACGAGGAUAUCAGUACGGAGCUUCGAAUCAUCGGCCGUACGCUCCCUUGGCCGAGGUCGGCGUUCAGAGCCUGGAACGUGGUUUUCCAGCUGAGUUUGCGCCGCGAACGCCAGACUCUAGAUCUGUUGUCAACGAUGUCAUUUUUGGAUGCCCAGCACAUCCCUAUAUCCUUCCUCACCUUCUGCUCACGUCCUAUGACCAAUAUUAUCUCGUCCGUGGCCAUCCUGUUGCAAUAUUCAGUGGUGGUAGUGGAAGACGAGAUCGGCUUCCUAUCUAUGCAACCAUUGAUUCAAGCUUUUGUGCGAGCGUGGCUCAAGCAAAGUGAUACUUACCACACGAUUGCUCAAAAAACCCUUUGUUCGAUGUUAUCAGCCAUUAGCGCAGAUAACUUUGGAGACCUUAACGCAUCAAAGCAAUUCAUCCCUCACGCAAAGACGAUACUACAACACAAUCUAAAAUUCGAGAAAAAUACGGAUUGCGCUGAUCUCAUGCAUCAAAUCGCGUGGUUUGAAUGGCAACUAGGUCAUUUUGAAGAAGCAUACAAAUUCGCACAAGGUUCUCUUGAUGCCAGAAGAGCUCUACUGGGUGACGAGUCAGAAUCGACAUUAAUCUCAUUUAAUUUAGUAGCCUUACUGCUGAGAUGUCUAGGCCGACAUGAUGCAGCAUAUGAGAUCAACAGACAAAACUUGUCAGCUUACGAUCGAAUCCUUGGCUCGGAUCAUCCGAGUACUCUUAUGAGCAGAAACAAUCUAUCCCUAGUGCUGCGCGCUCAAGGAAAAGAAGAGGAGGCGGAAUGCGUCAGUAGAGAAACUCUGCAGCUCUGUGAGCGUGUCCUCGGCGCAUCUCACAUGUGUACGUCAACGGCAGUAGCCAAUAUGGCUCUGGUUCUUGCUGAUCAAGGGAAGCUUAAUGAAGCGGAAGAGAUGUCGCGCAGAGCUUUGGCGAUACGGGAAAAGGCAUUGAAUCCUGAGCAUCAAUCCACACUGACAAGCUAUUACUGCUUAGCCCACGUGCUUCACCGUAGAAAACAAUACUCUGAAGCAUCCUUGCUUUACCAAAAGGCUUACCACGGCUUCCUGCUUACACUUGGCAUUUCACAUUCGCUCACCUUAGCGUGUGAAGCUGGAAUGGAGACGCUGAAAGAAGAGGUCUUGUCAGUCUCGGAACGAGACCAUCCGCGAAACAGCCGGCAACAUUGA